CGGUCAUCUAGUAAGUACGUAUUAAGCACAGUAUAGCUUUAUGUGUAGAUACAUCAGCGCGAAUGUCAUGAAUCUACAAAGUUCGCCUCUCAUCCACUCCCAUUCUCUACCGAUAUGACCAUAGUCUCAAAUUCUCCCGCUUGGUGGCCGGUCAUUCAUGCAUCUCGUUCUUUCAACUACUGUGCAGUUGCCGCCUUUGUUAUAGUGACAUAUGAUUGGGCACUUACGUUCGAACUGGAGGUCGAACUGAUUUGGAAGCAACGUUGGUCCCCAAUGACAGUUCUAUAUCUCAGUCUGCGCUACCUUGGAAUCUCAUAUGCUACCCUGUACAUGCUGUGCUAUGGUCCGAUCAUCUCACUGACAGAUACAGUGAGUUUGAUUAUAUACUUUGUACAGACGUGGACGGGUAUUUUGGUAUUUUCAAUUCUGUGUGUCAUCAUCAUCGCUCGGCUACAUGCUAUGUAUCAAGGAUCCAAAAAGAUUCUGAUAUUUCUCAUUAUCAUCUGCACGGCUGUCAACGGUUACAUCGGAGUAGCGGCCCUACUAGCAAUCUCACGUGUUUCAGGGGAGGAGCUCAUUCUCUCCGGCACCUAUCAGUGCGCAUUUAGCUACACAGGAAAUAUCAUACUUCUGUUUUCUGUUGGUUGGAUACUCUCCGUUGUGUGGGAGGUCCUCGUACUGUGUUUCGCAGUCUGGAUUGCACUCAAACAUCUCCGUGAAUUGCGACAAUUUUCGGCGAGAGGGAUGAUCGGGGACUGUUUGAUGGUGUUAAUGAAAACUCACGUGCUUUACUUUGCGAGCUUUGUUGCUGUCUCUUGCUUCAUCCUUGUUGUUUAUUUAUGUCCAAUACUCCCACCGGUCCAAAAGUUCCUAGCAACUUACACUUUUAAUGGCUUGUUUCAGAUUUCGGAGGUCAUCCAAAGGACUGUGCUGGGACCACGCCUGAUCCUUAACGUUCGAGAGUAUUACGCCAAGCGCGUGGCCAAUUCCAAUGCAGCAACUGAUAUGGCCUCGAUCGCUUUCCAGGAGCGCGUGCAUAUAUCGACUGGCAGUGGUGUAUAAUGCACGAGACAUUAAUGGCCGUCUGGUGUUCUGCAAGAAGCAGGAAAUUUUGUUUUGUCCGUCUCCAUCCCAAGCCUCGUUGCGGUGAUCAAGGUGUCUCGAAGUAGGAUUGAAGGAGACAUGGAUCUUUUGUCGUAGGAUGUGUUCGAAUCAUUUAC